AUGGCUUUCGCUUCCUAUUCUGUCUCGAUGCCAUUGCCUGACGAAGAGGCUGAUUUCUUCAAGCAUCUUCUCGAUACCCUCGACGGCCACUCACGCAAAGAACACCUUGCCGGUCUCGAGCAAGGUCUCCGUCAAGCGCAGGAUCAGCUUCAGACUUGCACCGCAUUCUACAAUGACUAUGUCGCCUCCUUCCGUUUCAUAUCCUCUGAAUACCCACAUCUUCGGCGUCAAGUAACCGGCGGUGCCACCGCGCAGCCUACGCCUGCCACAAUCACCAACCAUUCAUCCCUCAACCAGCUCGAAGGACGAUGGGCUCACGAAGCUCGCAUCCACGGUCGUAUUUCAGUCUUGUACAAAGCUCACGCCGACCUGGUGGAGGGUUUGAAGGAACUUGGACGGGUUUGGACCGCGAUCUGGGGCAUCUACGACGACAUCAAUCGGCCUGGUUCAAGUGAUGAAGUGGGAAAGCACCGGACGCUCUUUGACAACGGAUACGGCGCUCAACUGGCCUUGCAGCUGGAGCUUCUUGGAGAACGAAUGAACGCGACGGAAGAGCGUAUCACGGAGCAGCGGUUGGGACUGGACAGCGACUGGGAGGCAGGACACCUUUGA